AUGGAUGUGGCACGAGAUUACUUGUCUCGGUUGAGAAGCCGUUGCGGUGAGGAUACAGAACUGUAUCAGGAAUUUUUGCGAAUAAUGAGAGACUUUAAGCAUGGGAAUAUUAAUGCCAGGGUAGUUAUUAGCCAAGUUGCGGAGUUAUUCAAAGGUAAUUCAGGUUUAAUUGCAGAAUUUAAUAACUUUUUACCUGAGGAGCUAAGAUUGCAAGUUCCUCAAACUGACUGUGAGUAUGCUGCAACAUAUAUUAAAAAAGUGAAGGAAUUAGCACCCGAUAUAUAUGCAGAUUUUUUGACACUUCUAAGUAAAUAUCAAGAAGGUGAGAAGACUGCUAGUGAGGUUAAAAAUAAAGUUACAAGCUUGCUGUCAUCAUAUCCAGAUCUGUUGCGCGAAUUUGCAUUAUUCCUACCAGAAUUAAGCUCUGAUAAUUCAACUAUGCAGCAGGGCUAUCAAGGUAAUGGAAGCCAUAAUAAUACUGAGGAUUUGGAUAACUUUAAUAAUAGCACAGUUAAUGAUAAAUCCGAAUUUUUAUCUUACCUAGCUAGUACAAUCUCUUCAACUGUUUCUUGUGAGCCACCCAAAGUGGUCACUCGCAAAGGUCCUGUAGAUGCAUCUUAUAACUUGACUGUGAUUCCAGAACUGGAUAGACUGUUAGAACAACAAAAGAGACAUUUAAAUAAGGUAGAGACCACUAAAGAGAAAAAUGGAUUUUCCACAGAGACUAGUGAUAAUCCUGAAAUUAGAAGUCAAUCAUAUCAGCAUUAUUAUUAUAGUCAAGAAGACUUAUCUAUGUGGGAAUCAGACUAUAGGAUUUUUGAGGAGGUUUAUGUUGCAAUGGGUGAUAAUAAGAGAUAUUAUAGUGACUUUUUAAAGUUGAUAUACUUGUAUACACGUGGUGUAUUAACAGUAGUUGAGACUCUUUUGGCACUUGAAUGUUUCUUUCCCAUGGAUAGUGGUGAUCUACCUUACGAAGUCAAGCGUAUGAUUGUUCAAAGAGAAGCAGCAAGACGAAAAUAUUCAUACUUCUGUUGUAACUUCGCACAACUGGAUUACUCAAAGUGUGCACGAAAUGGUAACAGUUAUCUUCACUUACCAGAUGACUAUCCAAUAGCUAUCUGUACUGGGAGAAUUGACAGCGAUCGCCAGAAUCUCAAUGAUAACUGGGUUAGUAUACCUCAAGGUUCUGAGGAUUUUUCCUUUAAACAUAUGCGUAAAAAUGUAUAUGAAGAAAACUUGUUCAAGUGUGAAGAUGAAAGAUUUGAACUUGAUAUGGUUAUUGAAAAUAAUCGCUCAACUAUACAUAUUCUAGAACCUAUUGCUGAACAGAUAAGUAAACUAUCUAUUGAAGAAAAAAAAAGAUUUAAACUGAAAAAUCCACCAUUCUCAAUAAUUCAUCUGAAAGCUAUAUCUAGAAUAUAUGGGGAUAAUGGUUCUGAAAUAUUGGAACUAUUAAAGCGUAGUCCAUAUAGCUGUAUUCCUGUUAUAUUGAAUAGACUAAAACAAAAAGAUGAAGAAUGGACUCAUGCAAGGCAUUUGAUGAACCAAGGUGUAUGGAGAGAUAUUCAAACGAAGAAUUAUUUUAAGUCUUUUGAUCAUAGAUCAUUUUAUUUUAGACAAUCUGAUAAGAAAAAUACUAAUGUUAAGGGUUUCCUUUCUGAGGUAAGCAAGUUAUAUCUUCAAAGAAGAGGUUUUGAUUUAGGUACUUCAUCACCAUGCACUACCGUUAUACCUCCAAAAUCUAUCGAUUCUACAUCUCCUAUAACUUCAAGUGAAAGAUAUCAAAAUAUAUCAACUACCUAUCGUAAAGAGUCUAAUGGUUGGAGUAUAGCUCCUGAAUUUGCUCAUACUAUGUCAGAUAUUGAGGUUCAUAAGGAAGUAAUUGAAUUAAUUAGUUUUACGAUAUAUCGCCAGGCAUCAGGCCCUGCAAUUGGGUCUAAGGCAAGAAAUUUCUUACAGCGUUUUGUACGAUCAUUAUUUUUACAAAUGAAUUAUAAUGUUGAUAAUGAUUUGUUAACACUGAAGCAACUCCAGAGUGAAGGUUCUACUUUUCAAACAAGUGUUACAUCUAAUUGUCAAAAUAAUUCAUGUAGCAACUCUUCAAACUCAUUUUCAAAUACUCACUUAUCUAACAAUAGUGAUAAACAGAUGCUCACCGUCGAAGCAUAUGUUAAUGCAGUUACUGAGGGACAUAACAAUAAUUUGAUUCCCUUUACUGGUAAUAACUCUAGAGGACGAAGGCUAACAAGGAAUCAUUCCAAGAAAUCUUCAAGUAUUCAAAGUAGCAAUAAUGGAGAUCAACAUGUUCCACUAAUAAAUAUUAAACCACCUACAAUAGAGGAUGGAGUUAUUGAUGGAGAGGAAUCAAAUAUAUGCAAGACUAUAGAUAAUACAUCAGGUACUAGUGAUAACAACACUGACAAUAACUCUACAAAUAGGCAGGAUAAUCAUGCAAAUCUUGAGACAGCUAAUAAUAAUGUAGAUUUAAAUAGUAUUUUUCAAUCCUUUACGACAUCUUACGAUUGCCGUGGUGGACUGAAGUACUUGUGGAGUGACCAUUGCAAAGUAAAUUGGCACAGUUCUAAUUUAUCACCAGAUUGGUUUGAACCUAGCACUAAUGGAAAUAGAACCGUAUUUACAGAUGAUACCUUUGGAAUAGAAGUGAAUGAUCAUAAUGAGAUAUCUGAAGAUAAUAAAAGUGCAACCAUUGUAAAUAAGGAUGGAAUGAGCAAUUCUAUUGUACAAAAUCUUAAUGUAAACAAAGGAAAGGGGUCUCUUUUUAGACCUACAUCUUUAGUUAGAUAUAUUAUGGGUAAUGAUCAUAUAUGCUGCUUUCUGCGCUAUUAUCAAGUUAUAUAUGAACGACUACAAAGAGCAAAAGCAACAAUAGAACAAAGAGAAAAAAAUCCACAACCAUUCCAAAGAUGGUCACCCAAUGGUCCUGAUGUUCCAAGGCCUACUUAUAAACAAGUGAUAUGGUGUUGUUUUGGUUUAUUAUCAGGAGAACUUGAAUUAGGUUUAUUCGAAGAUAUUUGUCGUGAUGCAAUGGGUAAUGAUUCAUAUUGGUUAGGCACAAUAGACAAGGUACUUUUGGGGAUUUCAAAAGUCAUUGUACACAUUGUUAAUGAUUUGGCAACAUGUAGAUUACUUGCAAUGAAUCUAGUAUAUAGAGAUACAAUUUUUGAUCAUUAUAGAAAACUAGAAGAAUUUAUUGCAGCAUGUCGUUCAUUGUUACCAACAGUCCAAUCAUCAUUCUAUAUAAUAACAUGGUCUCCAUGUGAAUACCUACUGAAAAUUCGUAUGAGACAAUUGGACGAUUAUCACUUGACAUUUUUGCCGUUUAUUAGUAACACUAAGUCUAAUAAUCUCUCAAAUAAUGAAGUAGAUCAGUGCCAAGGUACUGAUAUGAUUGAAGAAACACUGAUUCCACCCAAAAAAUACUUAUUAGGUGCUGAGGAUGAUAUUGAAUAUGGAGUAGCAAUCGAUCUCACAAAUGAUAUUGAGCUACUACAACAGAUUUUAGUACAUCAACUAACUAGUAUUAAUGAUGAUCCAACUAUGCGGAAUUCAUUGCCACUAGAACAAAUAUCCGAAGCUGAUAAUGAAAAUAUAUCAUCUGUGCUAUCAUCAAAUCCCGUUUCAUUUUUUGUAUAUAUGGAGCAGACAUUCGUCAAACCACUACUCUUUUGCAGCAUGAAUAUGAAAUACAUUGCUAAACUCGCAGCUUCAUCUCAGUGGUUAGGCUUUUUACCAGAUAACAGUCAUCGUGACAUAGCGAGGUCUCCAUCUGUUUCACGUGAUGCAGUAACAAAUACAUCUGUUAGUGUCACAAGACCAGCAGAGUCCAAAAGAUCUAGCAGACGUACUCUAAUGGUCAACGAUAUGCCAAAUCCAACAGAUGAAGAUAAAGGCCAAUGGUCAGAGGAAUCUAUAGAAUCCAAUAGUAGAGCUAUGUCAAAUACAAAUAGAAGAGGUACUGUUGGUAGGAAAAGAACUAGAGGAAUGCCAAGUGAUAUAACGACAGAAAUUGAUGAUAUUGACAUUAGAGUAACAAGAAGAAGGUCUGGAAAUACCACUAGGGGCUUUAGAAGGAAUUAA